UAUUUACGUGUCCUGGACCUAGAGAGGCCCCUGGACUCGCCACUGUCCCGGCUCUACGCUCCCCGUCCCGCCUUCCCCGCCGCCCGCCCCACUGGCCAGUCCCCACGCCCACACGCCCGAGGCUGCCUCAUCUGGCACUGAUUAUCCCUGCCGCUGCCGCUGCCGCUGCUCAACUCAGCUGCUGCCUCUGUCUUGAGGACCCCAGCGCCUCUCCCCCCCGACCAUGCUGCCUGCUGCCACCGCCUCCCUCUUGGGGCCCCUCCUCACUGCCUGGGCUCUGCUGCCUUUUGCCCAGGGCCAGACCCCCAACUACACCAGACCUGUGUUCCUGUGUGGAGGGGAUGUGACCGGGGAGUCGGGUUACCUGGCAAGUGAGGGUUUCCCUAACCUCUACCCCCCCAAUAAGGAGUGCAUCUGGACAAUAACGGUCCCUGAGAGCCAGACUGUGUCCCUCUCCUUCCGAGUCUUUGACCUGGAGCUGCACCCCUCCUGCCGGUACGAUGCUCUGGAGGUCUUUGCCGGGUCUGGAACCUCGGGUCAGCGGCUCGGACGCUUCUGCGGAACCUUCCGGCCGGCGCCCUUAGUCGCCCCUGGCAACCAGGUGACCCUGAGGAUGACAUCGGACGAGGGCACGGGAGGACGAGGCUUCCUGCUCUGGUACAGCGGGCGGGCCACCUCCGGCACUGAGCACCAAUUUUGCGGGGGGCGGCUGGAGAAGGCCCAGGGAACCCUGACCACGCCCAACUGGCCCGAGUCCGAUUACCCCCCGGGCAUCAGCUGUUCCUGGCACAUCAUCGCGCCCCCGGACCAGGUGAUCUCACUGACCUUCGGGAAGUUUGAUCUGGAGCCCGACUCCUACUGCCGCUACGACUCGGUCAGCGUGUUCAACGGAGCCGUGAGCGACGACGCCAAGCGACUGGGGAAGUUCUGCGGCGACAAGGCCCCAGGCCCCAUCUCCUCCGAAGGGAACGAGCUCCUCGUCCAAUUCGUCUCGGACCUCAGCGUCACGGCCGACGGCUUCUCGGCCUCCUACAGGACCCUGCCGCGGGGCGCCACCGAGAAAGCGCCAGCCCAGAGCCCGGGGGAGGACGCCCGGCCAAGUCCCCCGCUCCUCGGCCCAGGCCCCAAGCCCGGAGCCGGGCCCAAAGUCAAGCCUGAACUCCCACCUGAGGAGAAACCGAAGGCCGCGCCCAAGGCGGAGGCAACUCCGGCGGGCUCCGAUGGACCCAGUGUCCCCUGCCCAAAGCAGUGCCGAAGGACAGGCACGUUGCAGAGCAACUUCUGUAACAGCAACCUGGUGGUGACGGCAACAGUGAAGUCCAUGGUUCGGGGCCCUGGGGAGGGCCUCACAGUCACCGUCAGUCUCAUUGGUGUUUACAAAACCGGAGGCCUGGACCUGCCCUCUCCACCCACUGACACUUCCCUGAAGUUUUAUGCACCCUGCAAGCAGUGUCCCCCCAUGAAGAAAGGAACCAGUUAUCUGAUGAUGGGCCAGGUGGACGAGAACAGAGGUCCCAUCCUUCCUCCAGAGAGCUUCGUGGUUCUCUACCGGCCCAACCAGGACCAGAUCCUCACCAACCUCGCCAAGAGGAGGUGCCCUUCCCAGCCUGUUCAGGCUGCUGAGUCCCAGGCCUGAGCCCUAGGCACCCCUUUCUUAUCCAAAUAAAUGUUUCUUGACUGAAGAAGGA